UUCUCACAACACAGGGACGGAUCGGACCAAAAACAUUGAAGGAACUGCAUUAGUAUUUCGACGUAUUUCAAAGGAUUUCCCUUUGUCAUACCUUGACAGUGGUUUAUUUCGUUUCUUCACAGACUUUUCGAGAAGUUGAGUGGCUUUUGUGCAUUAUUUUACAGCGUAUGUGACUUUUGCUGCGUUGUAAACUUGACCGUCUCAACCUGGUGCGAUCCCCCUUUUUUCGUGUUUUUUUUUCGUGGACAUUUCGCAUGCCUUAGCGCCACGGAGGUUUUUGAAAACCUCAUGUCGUUUUUGUGACUUUGUAUUGUGUUGACACCGCAAGUGCCUUAGCUGCUGGACGUCAAUCUCCCAUCAGCCAUGCCUAGGGGAUUCCUAGUGAAGCGAUCGAAAAACACCGCCUACUCCUACAGAGAACGACGACAUUCCGAUGAUGACAAGAGUGACAGUGGAUCAGAACAUGAGUACCCAUACACCAACUUUGGGUCUCCUGAUUCGGGGUAUUCUGCAAGCCCAAUCUCCAUGACAUUCAGAGAGAGGGACUCCUUCUUACAGGAUCGUGACAACAACAACGUCGCUCCCGCUGGCAGUCCCCUUGGGGUGAGUAACACCAACCUGCACCCCUCCCCACUCUACUUUUCGGCGUUUGACAAACUGAGUUUGUGCAAUGACAAUUCUCCUCACAGACUUGCUGCGAGAAAUGACAACCUCACCGUAGCAUCGUCUCCACACUCCCCAAACAGAAAAAGGGGGAAUGGGGAAAGUGAGAAGAAAACAGUUGGCACAAAGAAACCAAAAGCGGCUCGCAAGAUCAACUUUGACAUCGACAAGACAUCCCCGGUGUCUGGUACCAUCAUUCGCGACUUCUCCGACAGCGAAGAAGACGGAGGAAGAAUUGUCUGCGGCGACAUUGAACCCAGUUACAACUACGUCGAAGUCACGCCAGAAGCCAGAGCGGAACUUGAGAAAAUUGAAAACAAAAUUGGAGACUAUAUUUGCCAACUUUGUAAAGACUUUUUCGAGGACGCUUUCCAGCUGGCCCAGCACAGGUGUUCGCGCAUUGUGCACGUGGAGUACCGUUGUCCCGAGUGCGACAAGGUGUUCAAUUGUCCCGCAAAUCUGGCCUCACACAGAAGGUGGCAUAAACCAAAAACAACCGCCCCCGCCGGAUCAAACAAGACCGUCUCACCUGCCAAGAUCUUGCCCGCUGCUCAGACUUCAAACGAAAAUAAUAACAACUUGGAAUCGCUUGAGCAGGCGAGAGUACUUAAUAAUAAACUGUUAUCCCCGUUAUCUCCAUCCACGCAUGACAACCGCGAAUCCUCCGGUGACGAGGGUCAGUUCGAGUGUGAAACCUGUGGGAAGAAGUUCAGGAGACAGGCCUACCUAAGGAAGCACGUCGCCACUCAUGCUAACGAAAGACCGUUGCCUUGCCAGUUUUGUGGGAAAAUCUUCCUCAACGAAACUUCACGUGCUAAACACGAGGCGCAGCAUGGCCCAGGAAGCAAAGAUCUCUCGUGCUCCACGUGCAACCUGACAUUCCCAAACAAGAUCGUCCUCGAGAAGCACGUGCGUACUCACAGCAAGGACAUAUACACGUGCAAAUACUGCGCGAGUACAUUUUACAGUUCUCCAGGUUUGACACGGCAUAUUAAUAAGUGCCAUCCCUCAGAAAACAGACAAGUGAUUCUUCUGCAGCUCCCUGUCUCAAGGCCUUGCUAGGCCCGUGGGGAGGGACCCUCUCCCUGCGGGGCCUACCAGCCCUUCAGGGUGGGGAUAGACGAUAUAGACAAGGAGGGCAUUAUAUUCUGUGUGAACACUUAAGGUCAGUUCAGUGCUUAUUGUGAAUCAAAACUUGCUUCUAGAGGAGAAGUAUAAACUUGACUUUAUCGUGAGUCCAUGUGGCCCAUGUACUGUGUUUCGCUUGUGCUGUAUUCUAUUAUGAAGUACAGGCGUGAACAAAACCUCCCUGUACAAUCCGGGCCGUAAGUACUGUUGUAAUAGCUAUGUCAACAUGCAUUGCUGUAUCGCUAUGAACCAUAGUCUCUCUGUUAUCGAUAUCAAGUCCGGAUCGAUUCAACCGGACCGGUCCAUGUCUGAUCCUGUUUCUCUCAUGUUUGUAUACAUAUUUUGCCAUUGUGUUAAUUAGAGAUCAAUACCCAGUAUUAAUAACGUUUAUUGACCAGCUAUAGUAUUGUUACACAGAUUGAUUUAUUUUUGAAAGAUAAUUUCUCGAGUAUUUUCUGAGUCAGAGCAGACACCAAUUAGGACCUUGUGAAGUGUUUACUGAACAGAUUGGUAUUAUUCAAGAUUAGCCCGUGACUCAUGCGAUCGUCUGUUAAUUAUACUGUUAGUCACUCUCCCAUCGCAGCAAAAGCAGCAGCAUUCAGGAAUUCCGUCGAACAGCACCCUAUAAGGAAGGUGUGCAACGCAUUACGUGCCUUUAACUUUGUCCCCAAAUUGAAAUCCUUAUUUAUUUAUAGACCUUUUAUUUAUUUACAGCACAGAGUUGCUAGUCAUAUUUAUUUGCUUUAUCGAGAUUUAUUUCUACUUAUUUAUGCUUGUCAUUGUGUUACGUUCUAGUCGGCGUUUUUCGUAAUUAUUUAUUUCUUCAAUGUGCAAUUUUAUUUGGAUUUAUAUUUAUAAUUUUACAUGUGUAUUAUUGUGUUAAUUCUAGUCUCAUGAUUUGCUUUUUAAUGUUUUGGUGGUUCUAGUCCCAUUAUUAUUGUACUCUGGACUUAAUUCCUAGUCGUAUUUAUUUAAUGCUAUUUAACUUUUUGCCUCUUUUGGGUUAACUUUACACUUUUUCUCAUUUUGUUAUUACAGAGUUUUAUCUAUACUUAUUUAUUCACUCAGAAUUGAUAAAUAUCCGAUUAUGGCAAUGCUCAUAAUUAUAUAUGUCACGCAAUAUAUUCAUAUACAAAUAUUUAGUGAAGUGAAAAAGACAAUACAUCAAAUAUUGGUAUUUAUCAAAUAUCUGAAGAUAGCUUAUUUAUCAAAGAUUUAUGUUUACCUUAUUUAACUUUUACAUAAUUAUGUGCAAUGUUUAUUGAACCUUUAUACACAUUCUUGUGCAAUAGUUCAGAGUAAAUUCACACAUUAUAUAUUUACUAUGAUCGGUUGUAUUCUUGAGAAUCAGUAUUGACUGAGAAUUAUGAGUUUUAAAGAAAUUUAUAUAUAUUUCUGAACUUUGUGACCCGUAUGCAAUGUAAAUGAUCUAUAUCAAGUGCCUACUGUGAAUUGUGUUUGUGCCUACGUGCAUGCCUAUGGCUGUCGGUGAUUAGGAUGUAUUCAUAUAUACUUAAUUAUAUCAUAGUUACUUAACAAAGUGUCUUUAUCAAAGUAUCAAAUCAAUGCCUUACGAUGUUAUCCGAUUAUUUCAAAGUCUCGGAAAGUACUUUAUUUUUACAGAAUAUUAUUAUAUACCAGUGAGGCAAUAAAACAUUGACGAUUGUACAUCUGUAAGAAUAUGAAUUGGAUAUUGUAUGUAUAUUUUAUGGUUGAACUUGAAUAAAGAUUGUGAAACAAA